UAAUUUAGCAUGGAUCUUCUAAUAUAUCUAAAACUUCUAACAUGGCUAAUUAACAUCAUACUUCCAUUGACAACUGCUCAAAUGGAUCCAUGUCCCUUUGAACAUACUGUAAAUUUAACCAAUCACCAGCGUUUCAAUAAUGGCUCAUAUCUCUAUGAGGACAUUUUAAUACCACUCGAAAAGCAGGGCUUAUACGGUUCAGAUACAGUUCAUUUGCAUGAGAGAGGUUGUGUUUGUGAGGAGAAACCUUGCAUGGAAUGGUGUUGUGAAAAGGAUGAGUUUUUGUCCGCUAUGAAUACAUGCGAAAAGUUUACUCAGCCAAUUAAAGUUAGGCACAUAUUACCAAUAUUACUAAAAACGAAUGAAAUAAAAUAUAUGAAUGUAUUUAAACAUUUUACCACUCGUGUGAAUAUGCCUUGUGAUAAUCCGGUAUCAAUAGACAGAGAAACCCGAUUCUGGAUUUUGCAGGAGAAUGGACUUUUAAAUCUGAAAAAUAUCGAUGCCAUUUCUGCCUAUUGCUUCUCACCAGUUUUAAAUCAAGACACUUUGAAAAAUGUUUUAAGUCCAUUCGCUUGUCGUGUUUCAUUCACUUGGCGAAAAUAUCUAUCUAUGAUAAACCCGAUUGUAAAUCUAGUGUUCUUGUUACCCACAAUAUUGUUGUAUUUAUUUUUAAAAGAAUUAAGAAAACCGCUGGGUGGUAAACUCUUCAUUUGCUAUUUGCUGUCAUUUUCAACAAUGUGUGCCCUUCUAGUGUUUAUAAAUACUGGAAAUUUUCUUGAUCCUGUGCCGUGUUAUGUUUUAGGUUACGCCGGUUACUUUUUCUAUUUAUCGUCUAUUUUAUGGCUGAGUAUUUUAUGUUUGGACAUUUGGAAAAAUUUUAAUACAAUUACCGUUGAAUGGGAUUUAAAAAAGAAUCUUAAACAAUUUUUAAUAUAUUCCUUAUAUGUAUGGCUAACUGCUGCGCUAGCUACUGGAAUGUGUAUUUAUAUGGAUCUAUUAGAGAAUGUCGAUGAUAUUUAUAAGUCGGGUGUUGGUGUUAGCUAUUGCUGGUUUGAUUUUAACAAGAAAUCAUCGUGGUUAUAUUUAUUUGGACCCUGCCUUUUAAUUGUACUCUUCAAUUUAGCUACUUUUAUACGUUUGAUAAUAAAUAUCUACAGGACACGACGAAAUGCCGGUAAAUUGAAACAAAACAAGGAAGUCCUCAAAGAAAAUGCACUUAUAACUCUGCGUUUAAUGUUAAUAAUGGGAAUUCCUUGGAUAUUAACUAUUAUAUCGUACUUUAUACCAGCCGGUACCACAGGUGAUUUAAUUUCUUCAAUUGCGGAAUUUGUACAUAUUAUUCAAGGCAUUUUGGUAUUUAUAUGUUUUGUUUUAAGACCAAAAGUAUGGUAUCUUUUAAAAAUGAGAUUUCGUAGAGCUGAUACUUUGGAGACCUUAAUAUUUUGAAUGUUCAGGAAGAAAAAUCAUUUUUAAAAUCUAUAUUCAUUUUGUUUGUUAAAAUUUCUUGAAAUAAAUGUAAA